UGCAGCGGUUGGGGUCGAGCUCGGUCUCGGGGCUCCGGCUCUCCGCUACCCAGGCCUAGCGGCGGGCCGGGCUAGGCUGGGUCGGGCCUGGCCGGGCUAAGGACCCAGAGCCCGGCCGCCGUCGCUGCCGGAUGCCGGUGUGCUCGGAUCGGAAGGGCCUCUUUGUGUGGAUGGGAAGGAUGGAGUCAGAAGAGCAGUGGUGGAAGGGGCAACUGGCGAGUGACAUACACCAGGCGCUGAGAGUCAAGGAACUGAAGCUGCCUGUCUACAAGGCUCAUUCGCCACAGAUUGGCUUGCGCCGCUAUUUUGCUGACCUUCUUGCCAUCUUGAGUAAUCGCUACCAGCUUUGCCCUACAGCACGUCACCUUGCUGUUUACUUACUAGACCUCUUCAUGGAUCACUAUGAUGUUGCAGCAAAACAGCUGUACGUCAUUGCUCUCUCCUGCCUCCUCCUAGCUAGCAAAUUUGAAGAGAAAGAAGAUCGGGUGCCUAAAUUGGAACAGCUGAACAGUCUGGGCUUCAUGAGCAGCCUGCAUCUGGUGCUGAACAAGCGAGACUUGCUGCAAAUGGAGUUGCUGCUGCUGGAGACUUUCAACUGGAACCUCUGUUUGCCCACUGCGGCGCACUUCAUUGACUACUACCUCUCGGGCUCCGUCCACGAGAGUGACCUGCACAAUGGCUGGCCGCUCACUUCUAUCGCCAAAACCAAAGCCUUCAUGGAAAAAUAUGCCCACUAUUUUUUAGAAGUUUCUCUUCAAGAUCACAGUUUUCUGACUUUUCGUCCAUCACUGGUAGCGGCCGCCUGCAUAACAGCUUCCCGUAUUUGUUUACACAUCAGUCCAUCCCUGACCACUCAUCUCCACCUACUGACUGGGUAUACUUGGGAGCACCUGACUGCUUGUGUUGAACUCAUGCUGAUUGCCCAUGAUAAUGAUGUCAAAGAAGCCAACAAAACCAAAGGACAACAGCCAAGUCUACAGCAGCAAACAACAGUGCAACAGCAACAUCAACACCAGUCCUCACAGCAGCUCUUGUUCCAGCAGGGUCAAUAUCAACAUUUCGCCCAGAACUCAUCACAGCUUGUGCAGUUCCAUUCGCCAUUGCAAUCUCAGGCUUCAGUUCAGAGCCAUAGGAGCCACGUGCAGGGUCGUCGAGCUGCCAUUGUCUCAGGAAGUACCAGCAACAGUUAUACACUACAGUCAUACCCGGGUUUCCAAGCCAACCUACAGUCCACAGUAAGGGCUCUGCCUGUUCAGGGACCCAUUGCUAUGCAGGUUGCCAUAACUACGGAGCCAAGACACUGCAUCACCGUGGCCUAUGGGAGUAAUUUUUUAAGUGGACAUCACACAUACUCAACUGGCUGUUUUGACAGAUGACAGUAAUUCUAAUAACGCGUUUUCUGCUAUCUUCCCGAGUUGGUAAAUACCAUCUACUUUCAGUGUUUGAAACUCUCUGACAGGAGAUAUACAAUUUGCUAGACGGAGUUAACUUUUUAUUUUGGAUAUGCAAAACAUGCAUUUACCGUGCAGCUUUCCUUGUUACAAUUUUUCUGGAAAUAUGCUAAUUAUUUUCAACUGAGAAUGCCUCAGUGUUGGUAUUCUGUGUGAACAUUUUUGAGACUAAAUAGUCCAAUGGGAUGUCAGGAAGCCAUAUGAAAAUAUUUUGAUAGAUUUGGAUAAGCAAACGAUACUUUUUUGUAGAGAAUUUUAAAGCUGCUGCCUUAACUCACUUAAAGGGCUGUUAUUACUGUGAUAUUUUUAUAUUGUUUACUUGAAAGCUAUGGGGGCACUUUUUGUUACUUGAAGGCAAUGCUGUUAGCCCCACUUGUGUUAAUUGUAACACAGGCUGCCUGUGAGUUUCUGGUGUUUUAACCCAGGGAGUAUUGAGAGACAUUUCAGAGUGCAAUAUGGUUUGUGUCUUAGCUGUACCUUCACUUUAAACUGUUUAUGGCACUGUAUUCCCGUUUCAAUCGCAUAAUUGGCAAGGCAAUGUUGCAGCAAUUGACUUUUUAUGUUAAGACUGCUGUUGUUCACAGUAGUAACUAACCAUCCAACAUAAUGAUUGCCUGUUGCAAUUGUGAAUUAUACUUUUUCAUUUCAAGAUGGAGGGCACGUGGUAUGAGAGAUGCACUCACUGGUUCAAGAAAUAUCACUGCUGUUCAGCAGAGGUAACCUACUGAAAAUUCUAAGUUUAGAAACAGCUGUUUAGGGGAUAGUUUAGUAACUUAGAACUGAUAUUUAAACCUUAUUUUAGAUUCAACACUGGCUGCUUAGUAAUGUAACAAAAGAACUCUGCUUGGUUCUAUCAAUAGUGAAUCCAAGAAGCUGGCACAACCAAACCAAACUAGGCGAAAGUCCUGUGUGCAAAAGCAAGGGAAAAUUCCUCAAUGAUUACAAGCUCAUUAAGGCCUCUUGAGAUUUGACAGAAGGGAGAAAAUGAUAAAUACCUCUUGCUGCUUUUGUUGAUCAGCUUAAAUACAAGGCAAUUACCUCAGGAUACUUGGGUUCUCCUUACAUAUGACCUAAGUUUCACCUUUACAGUAUUGAAGAUGACAAUGAGCAGUAUUAAGAGCACAGCAGACCUUAUUUACAUUUUGAUUUUUUUUAAAAUCUGAAACAGAGGGAUCCAAAGAGGCUUAACUGCUUUCUGUAAAAUGCUUAAUAUUUUGGUUCUUUGUUAAGUUUAUUUGUGUAGGCUAUAUUUGAAACUAACAAAGUAAAUUCAUGCAAACAUAUUUGAAACUAUAAAAUUCAGAUCUAAAAAAGUAACAAUUUGUAACCAUCAUUAAAAUCUUGACAGCAUGUAGCUUUCAUUUUCAGUGUAAUUAACUUUGAAUUUUUAAGACUUCAUAUUUAAGCUAAAACUGCUAAUCGAAGCAACUUGUUACUUAGCCUCAUCAAUCCCUUGUGGGGACACAGACAAGAAAGUUACCACAAAUGAGCUGGGAAUUCUGAAUUUGUAGAAAGGGAAUUCAUCUAAUCUCUCAUUCUUUCUCACUUUCCCAUUAUCUACUGCAAGAUUAUAUAUGCUUGGAUGGAGUUGUAUUUGGCUACGAUAAUUUCUCUGAAUUGCCCACUAACAUCUGUCCAGGUACGUACAUGAAGAAUGACCCUUGGGCAAAGCACCAGGGUUCAACAUUUCCUGUAAUGGAGAGAGGAAAAAAUGAGUCAGGCCCUUUUUGUGAUUUGCAUGCAAGGAUGUCUAGUUACAAUUCUGAACCUGUAGCUGAAAGGCUAGGUUUAUUUUGGAUUUUACAAAAACAUUACAGGAAUGGAAGACUUGUUUAAGAGCUUCACCAUUUUAGCUUUUUCUGUUUGUAGUGUAGUGGAAGUUUUAGGCUCAUGGGGAGAGUGACUUAGUGCAAGGAUGGUUUAGUUAGAUAUAAUGAAUUUUGUUUCAUUUCUGUGUGAUGUUAAGGCAUGUUCUAGCUAACUAUAGUCCUAAUCCAUUUCAGCAACAGUUACUUUCAUGUAUGCUUCAUAGUCUUUUGGGGACAAUUUGGAGGUGAAUGCAAAAAGACAAAUAUGAUGAAUAGUUUAAUGACUUGGAGUUUUAGUUAAAAACCACUGUUAAUGUACGUGCUUCAGUGUCAAUCAAACUAAAAAGUUCCACUCCCAAUUAAGUUACUCCAGUAUGGAAUAUGAACAAUACUGUUGCCAAUGAUGAAGCAGCUAUGCAUUCACCCUUGGGUUGCACAGAUUAAUCAAUUUUUAGAUCAGUUAUCAUCAAAACCACACAGCAGUUGAUUGAACUGCUGUCUGUAUGGGGCUGAUCAAUGCUAUCCAUGUGACUGGGAGUAGCCAGAGGGCAGGCUCUGAUUUUUGUUUCCAGGGCAUUGACUGACAAGAUUUUUCAAGGCAGCUGGUAUUUAUUCAGCAUGCUGUCAUGUUAUGACAUCACUGCAUUUGACACCAAAUGUCUGCUGACCCAGCAGCUUGUACUUUUUUCUUUUUAAAAAAAAAGAGGUAGGUUUAAUGUGUCCAAAAAUUCAACUGUUGAGAAAUUAUUUAUUUUUAAAAAGAAACUUGUAAUACAUUGGGAUGAAUUCUCCAGCAGGUCAUUUUUAGCCUCUGAUCAAAUUCUGAUCUCAAUCUGCCUGAAGGUCUUGGUCUGCUUAUUUUUUAAAAGUUGUUUAAUUUAACUAAACAAUUUCAUUAGAAGGCAGGUCUAUUGAGGAAUGACUACCCCAGAGACAUUUCACACAGUAUGGGACAGUGUAUUUAAAAGUGCCUUCUGCAUCUAAAUCUUUAAUUUUUAACAUUUUGUAAGUAUAAAUUGUUGUUCAGGUAGCAUCAAAGGUUUACUUAUACAAACUUAAGAAAUGAAUGCCUAAUUACUUUUAAGGCUUACAGCCAUUUUUAAAUUGAACUUUCAUCUUAUGAUAAGUCAUGAAUUGGUUUUCUUAAAAGUGCAUUGAAUGAAAGUAGUGGGGGGAGUUUGAUAAAAGACACAUAGUGUGGCUGGUAUUUUAGGAGAUUGGAAUCUAAUGCACAAGAUUUACCAGACUGGUGGAAUGAGACACAGUCUUUCAAAUACAGGCAUUGUUUUGAGACUUUGAGAUGACUGAGCACGCAGUUGAGAAUGUAUUAUAUGUGUUGGUGCGUAUACAUCCUAUUAAUUAGAUAUUGCAACCAGUAACUACUUUACUGAAUAGAAGUAGGGGAAUAUACUUUGUACUAAACAAGACAGGAUAAUGUCAGAUGCAUUCUAGUGAAUAUAUGAAGGAAUUGUGAAACAAGUUGCAAAUGUGACAAUGCUGUCAAACCAUGAGAAACCAAGUGGAAUAACUAGUGACCAAAAAUAUUACUGUAGUUCCAAUCUGUUAUACAAAGUUAGUUCAUUUUAUUCCUGUCCAGAGAUGUACUGUUUUAGAGGGACCUCUUUAACGGCACAGUAUGCCAAAUAUCCAUGUACUUUCAAAUGUAAGGCAAGAGUCAAAUACCUGCUGAAACACUAAUUUUGCUAGCAAUUUUAUUUAAAUAAAUCUUAGAUCUGGCUAUUUGAAGUUUAAACAAAUGUGACUGAUGUAAAAACCUGUGUACUUUUUAAAAUAAAUGCCAGUCUAUUAA